AUGUCUACCCCAAAAUACACAUACUCUUUCUUUCGCAUCAAAAAGGAUAGUCAAAUCGCGUUGUCCGCCCAAAAGUACAAACAACUCCGCCUCCUAGCGCUCUCCAUUGCACCGGGCUCCUUUUCAUCUACCUACCAGCUCGAAUCUACCCUCACCGAUAGCGAAUGGACUACACGUCUCGCUGCGAGCGGGAGCGAGACUUUCAUCUGCGCCGCAACCCCGCUUGAAGAUAACAACAAUAACAACAACAAUGAUACAUCCCACUCCCCAGCUUUAGAAGAGAGCAGCAUAUGGGUUGGUCAGUUGACAUUGCGCGGCCCACUAAGCCAGGAAGACUUCAUUUUACCCGAUGAAUCGGGACAGAAGAAUCCACCGGAGCACGGGGGAAAGGAACUAUGGCAGAUGCUGAGCCUGUUCACGCUCCCGGCCCAUCGUGGCCGCGGACUCGGAAAGAAGUUAUGCCAGGAGGCGUUGGAUUAUCUCUCCUUCUCUUAUCGAGGAGAUCCGCGUGAGUUCUGGGUGCGGCUGAUGGUCAAACCGGAGAACCAUGCUACGGUGCGCUUGUAUCGGAAUCUAGGGUUUGAGGUGUGUGGUAGGUGUACGCUUGCUGAGGCUUUGAUUGCAAAUGGCGAUAAGGAUCUCUUGCCGGAUGAUAUUAGCGGAGAGAAAUACAGUGCGAGGAGCGGGUUGAUAAUGAUAUUCACUGCUAAUCCCUAG